AUGGACAAGUUCCACUCGUUGGCUAUAAAAGCAUUGCUGACAUUCAUCUGCACAACGGCAGUGCUUGUGCACGAGGGAUCUUUCAGGCUAUAUCUAUGCGUGGCCCUAUUGCUUGCAACUUCAUUUGAUGUGAGCGUGAUAUUUUACUUUCACAUGAAAAGAGUAGAAUAUAAGAAAAGAUUCUUGAGAAAGGUAUAUGAUCCCGGGCACAGAACACUGAUAGGUUUUGCCCUUUGCGAGGUUUUAUCGAUGGUGCCGUUCUAUUACAUGGUAGGAUACUGGAAAACUAUGGUGAUAAAUAUUGCACUGGUAGCUAGCCUUAGCAUUAUUCCUAUGCUUAACUCCUCGGGCAGAAGAACAAUCCAGCUGGAGCGGAACGAAGAGUUUUUUAAGAUAGGGUUCCUUAAGAUAGAGCACAUCGAGGAUGGGGAUGUGUGCUUGAAUAAAGGAGAGGUCGUUCAGAUUCUAGACCAUACCGGAGGAAGCACCAUAGUCAGAAAGUCUGACGGAAGGGUCUUCACAGUAGAAGACUCUUAUAUAGACGAUGGAAUCGACAUUGUCCUGUAA